GUCCAGACCCGCUACUCUUUCCUGCUACUUUCCCCCACGAGGCCAUGGUGGCCUUUUGGGCGAGGAAGCACGGCCCACGCACUGCCAUGCGACCAAAUCAUGGCCUAAUCACACACAAAUCUUCGCUACCUUCCAAACCCUCCCAUCAAUCGAAAUCCCUAUAUACGUGCUGCAACCUCUCGAUCGUCAUCGCCUCCCAUUCCGUUCCUGUUCCCAAAGCUCUCCCCUUCACGUGCCCAACUUCCAACCCAAACCUUGUGUUGCUACAACUACACGUAGUACCGAGUACCGACCGCUGCCAUGUACAAGACAUAGGAGCUAGCUAACUUUUACCUCUUCAAAGUUGAGAGCGACCCUGUGUGCGGAGCUAGCUAGGCAUGGCAUUGGAGGCCGGGGUGCGUUCACAGGCUGCUGGUCUCUUCGGUCGCUGCGACAUGGCGGGAGCAGCUUGGAAUCCAUUCUGUGGAGGCUACGGGAUGGUGGAUUUGGACGGCGGGGAGUGCGCCUGGGACGCGGCCGCGUGCUCGUCGACGCUGCUGUCUCAAGGGUUGAUCCAUGAGGUCAGUAUCAGUAUCCCUGACGACGCCGCCGCCGCCGAUCCCUUGCUGCAGGGAGAGUGCUCCGGCGGUCGCGGGAAGGUGAACGCGGACGGCGCAGCACCGGUGACGGCGGCGGCGUCGGGGCGGAGGAAGCGGCGGCGGACGAGGGCGGCGAAGAACUGGGAGGAGGUGGAGAGCCAGCGGAUGACCCACAUUGCCGUCGAGCGCAACCGCCGCAAGCAGAUGAACGACUACCUCGCCACGCUCCGCUCCCUCAUGCCGCCCUCCUUCUCCCAAAGGGGUGAUCAAGCGUCCAUCGUUGGUGGUGCGAUCAACUUCGUCAAGGAGCUGGAGCAGCUGCUCCAGUCGCUGGAGGCACACAAGCGGUCUUCGUCCCGGCGCCAAUGCACGGCCGACCUCAACGACGCAUCCCCGCCGCCGCCAUUCGCCAACUUCUUCACCUUCCCACAGUACUCGAUGAGCGCCGCCACCGUAGCACCGGCGGCGCCGCCCACAACCAGUGACGAGGGCAACGUCGAUGCGUCCGGAUCAUCAAAGCCGUCGGCGGUGGCCGACGUGGAGGUCACAAUGGUGGAGAGCCACGCCAGCCUGCGAGUGCUGGCCCGGCGGCGGCCCAGGCAGCUGCUGCGGCUAAUAGUGGGCCUGCAGGCCCACCGGCUAACCGUGCUGCACCUCAACGUCACCAGCGCCGGCCACAUGGCGCUCUACUCGCUCAACCUCAAGGUGGAAGACGAUUGCCAACUUACCUCCGUGGAUGACAUCGCAACCGCGGCUCAUCAGAUCGUCGAGAAGAUCCAACAAGAGCAGCAUGGAUGUACUCCUAUCUUAGAGUAGCGCAACUUCAAGCCUGCGUCUGUGCCACACUUUAGUUAUUCUAGCAACUUAAUGUCGAAUCAAUGGACAAAUUUGUUCAUAGCAUGUGAUGCAGGCAUGGUAGCUAUGCACGUAAUGCUUCGUAGGUUCAAUAAGGAUGUGCAAUAAUGAUUAAUUCCAGACCUUGAAAGCUCAAGGCAGAGAACAAUUCCAUGCAGGGUGGACAUGACAUUCCUGUGGCCUACCGUAUUCCGUAGGAUCAGGCACAAUUGGCAGGUGCUGUUCCUCGACCUCUACCAGGGAUUCUGUUCCCCUCGUGAAGCACCUGGCCUUCCCUGCCAAAACACCAAAAAUACAGAAAAGAGCACAGAAGCCUUUUCGUUCCAAA